UAGGUUUUUGUAUGCAAUUAAAAGCGAAGGAUUUUGCAGUUGUCUAAAUAAAAGAAAAACUAUGAAUCCGUCUCCAAAGACGUUUUUAAUCGCGUAUGUUUGUUCUCUAAUUAUGUCGUUGUUGAUUAUAAUUCCCAUCAGCGUUAAUAUGGAACAUUUUAAAGGGAAUUGUUUACUCUACGCUAAAGGUAACUUAUCCACACCCACCUCAUCCUCCGAACAUGGGGUGUUUAUGUUGCACAGUUGGGGAAAUAGUAGCAAUUGUAACUACAUCUUAUACAUGGGGGUGACUACAUUGGUUGCAUCUGCUGUCUUGAUAUGGCAAUCAUGUGUUCUUGUAUACAAGGAGCAUGACAGAGCACCGUUCGGUUCUUUCAUAAUGUUUCUAUUAAAUGCUGUUGUGUUCAUAGCCAUGUUAAUUGCUUCUCUUAUAUCAAGUGUUGGUUAUGAUGAAUGGUGUGAAACUAUAACUGAAAAUAAAUACAGGUGUUCACUAGCAGACCUGAGUGAUUUAGAAAAGGUUUACGGCAUAAACAGCGAUGGCUUUUAUACGCAGAUGUCGGCGCUACAAGUUGGAUGCUGGAGCAGUUUAUGUGUGUGGUUAAUAUCAAGCGUUCUUGCUUUUCUAAAAGUGCACUAUUACCACAAAAAUGAUGAUUUGUUGAAUUCGUUGGCUUACGAGAAACGAACAUUAUUGAGCAACAGGUUCAAAUACUCGCGUGCUGAUGGUGGUCAAGUUCUGUAACUUUAAAUUACCUUUCUUUUUAUCAUUCUAUUGAAGUUCUUUUGUGGUCGCUGAAUGUGCUUUAAUAUACAAGGUGUUCGGAAAGUCACUGAGCACUGUUCUAUGAAUUUCAUAACAGCAAUUUUUAGCCUAUGCGAAGGGAGCAGCUAAUUGAGGUGUUUAGAAACAAAAUAAGAAGGGUCCAAGCCUGUAUUAAUGCUAACGGAGGUCACUUUCAACAUCAUUUAUACUUGUCAUUCAUAUUUACCUCCUGGAUUCUAUAAUAAAACAUGUCUGUUUAUAAACAAGUGCACAGUGAUUUUCCGAACACCCUAUAUUACCACUUAAGUUUGAGGUGUUUUCAAUAUAUUUUAAUUAUAGAUAUGUAAAGGGAGUUAUAAUAUAUGUUAUGAUAGUUACAAAUUGGAUGAUGCAGUGUUUCUAUCUUUACCCAUUCCAUGCUUCUUCAUUAAGUUGCAAAUUUCUGACACCUCAAUUUAUUGCGCAAUGAUAUAUAAACAAAACUUGCUCCAGGGAGCCUAUAAUACACCCUGAGCCUUACUAGACGACAUCCUUCACCUAGGGUGUUUGGUAAUCUAAUUGUGCUUUUCAAUUUUUUUAACAAAAUGUAAAUCUGAAUAUGGAUCUUAAGUUGCAACAACUUGAGGUGUUGGUUUUGUUGACGCUUUUUUAAUAGUGUGCGUUUCAAAACUAACAACAUUCAAAGGCUCUUAUUCCAACUUAAAGAAAGAACAAACACUUAAUUUUGAGAAUCUUCUUUUACCAAGCUUUAUUUACCAAGUCGAUCUUUUUCUUUUUAUCUUAUUUCUAUUGUAUCUCAUGUUCUCAUUUUUAUACCGCAUUAAAUAUCAUAGGCUUAUAUGUUAUCUUGUUGUUUCGCAGUUUGAAACUUUCUUCUUCUCUAAAUAUUUACUAAAAUAAACAAAUGUGUCUGAACUGAAGGU